UAUUUUUUCUUAGUCCGACUCUAAUAAUCAAUCGUACGUAUGCGGUCAUCCCGAACAGAAGGUGGCAGUGAUGAUGUCCGGUUAAAAUAUGCCGUUUGCCACCGGAAAAGAAGAAAAGUCUGUAUUACUUCCGGGUUUUCAACCACGUGGUAAAACAGCUGUGGGUCAGGGUUCUGUUGACAGUGUUUUUGUUUUUCUUGGUUCUGCCUUUUGUCGAAGAAGAAACUGAAGAUGAGGAGAAGAGAGAAACAGCGGCAGGAAGCGGAGCGGAAGAGGAAGACGACUGUAAGUUGCAGCGAAGAGGAAGACUCUGAUGUGGAGAAGAAGGUCUCUCUGUUUACCCUAAGAGGAGGGGAGGCAGAGGAGCUGCGGUUAAGUGGACACGAUGAUGAAGAUCAAAACCAAUCAGGUGACGGGGCUGAGGAAGACUCUGGGGACAGCGAAGAAGAGGUAUCGGAGGGGAAGAGUAAUGAUGAAGAAGAUGAUGAAGAAGAAGAUCUAGAAGAAGAAGAGGACACUAAUGCAGAGGAAGAUGAUGAUGAUGAUGAUGAUGAUGAAGAGGCAGAGGAGGACCAUACUGGUGAUGGCACAAAGUUGCAAACAGAGGAACGCAUUAGGAAAGAACUGUCCAACAUGCCCUUUGAGGAUGUCAUUAAGCUGCAGCAACAAGUGGGAAAUAAAGCAUUCAAUGAGGUCGCAUUCAACAACAAAAAAUGCCGACCUGUCAGCAGUAAGAAACGGCUGAACAAAAACAGACCAAUGGAAAUUUCAGCAAAGACUCCACCGUCCUUCCUACGUCAGGUCAUUCCUGCCAAGAAAUCAACCAGGAGAGAUCCUCGAUUUGACAGCCUGUCAGGAGAAUACAAACCAGAGAUAUUUGAAAAGACGUACAAGUUUAUUACUGACCUCAAACACAAAGAGAAAGAGGUCAUUAAGAAGCAGCUAAAGAAGACAAAGACUGACCACAAGAAGGAGAAGCUGCAGUUCCUGCUGAAGAGAUUGGAUAACCAGGAGCGAGUGAGAUUGAUCCAGGAGCAGCAGAGAGAGAGAGAGCUGCAGUUCAAGAAGCAGCAGCGAGAGCGAGCCAGUCGGGGAGAACGGCCAUUUUUCCUCAAGAAAUCGGAAAAGAAGAAGCUGCAGCUGGCCGAAAAGUAUCAGGAACUGAAGAAGAGCGGCAAACUGGAGAACUUCCUUAGCAAGAAACGGAAGAGGAACGCAGGAAAAGACCACAGGAAGCUUCCCGAGAAACAGCUACACAACAAAAAGCCUUUUUCCUCCUGAGAAGUGUUGAAGAGCGAUCCUCUGAGAAAUGUUAGAUCAGCACGGCUGUAGAGACUCAUUUCAGUGUACUGAUGCUGUUGGUUCCUCACAUCAGGUGAACUUGUUCUGUAAAAGCUCUUUUUUGUGAUCAAAGAUGAUGGGAUUCAUGAAUAUGUUCAUAAAAAAUACUAAAAGCGUGUUUGGAGAUUGUGUCAGAUGUAUAAAUGCUUUUUUUACAUGUAAAAAUAGUAAAGGAUUUCCUCAGUACUUUAAAUGCUCCGCUCACCUGCCUGCUUAUUCGAGUAUUUUAUUUAUCCCAUAGGGAAUGUAAAUUAUGUCCAAUCCACAACAGUCCUCGUGGAUGGCAAUGGGGUGAGCAGGAAUGAUCUCCUGUAGCAGUCAAUCUUUCAGCGAAUCUGAAGAGGCCUCUGACUGAAGACAGUUGUUUUAUGACUUUAUGACGUGUCAUGGCUGUUAUGUGCCAGCAGUUCGGAAGCUGAUCUAUGUAAUAAAACCAGAGACAAAAGUGGCCAUAGGCAUAUUUUCAUUUAUAAAUCAGUAUAUAGCUUUCUAAAAGUAUAUCUAAAUACCUAUAUAUGACAUAAUCAGAGCAACUACAGCCUCCUCAUGUUUUUAUUACAUUUAGGGUUCUUUUAGUGUGACACAAUCUAUCAUAUUAACAGGAGCCAUAGUAGCAUAAUUAAACCAAAGAGUUUUAAACAACUAGACAAUAAAAAAACACCGCUGGAUCAGUUUUGAUAUUUACUGCAUUAAUUGUACUGAUGUGUCCAUUUUAAAAGGAUGCAUUCGAAAAUGAGGCAUCUCAAAGAUAUUUACCCAAAUAAAGAUGGAAUAAAAAAUAUAUAUUUUUCAGUUAGAAAUUUUUUUUAAUUUACUGUUUUUAUGAAGAUGUGUAAGCUAUUAAUCUUUUUUUUCUAUUCUCCAGCAAUUUUGGUAAUUUUUUACCCAACUGUUUUGAUGCUGGAUGUUUUUGGUCAACUUUGAGAACUAAUUUUGUUUGUUUUUACGUUUCGCUAUAUUCCACACACUCUUAAAAUGUGACUAAAAUAGAAUGUUCACCAUCAAGAGCUUUUUAGGAUUAUUUUUCUUUUAUCUGUUGUCUUAAAAGUUAGUUGGUUUAUAGAGGUAAUAAAUGGAUACAAAAUGAGUUGGUGAACGGGUGAAAUGAUCCGACUAUGAAAUGAGUCCAUUUGUCAUUGAUAUGUUUGUUUAUAGAUGUACAUGAUGUUUUGAUUGUAGGUCCCAGGAAAACGAGUAUGGUACAAAAUAAAACAUAUUUAAAGCAAGUGAUUAAAACAUAAAUAACUUUCCAAGGAUAUUUUUACUGAAAAAUGUACAUAACAGAUGAGUCGCUCCCUUUACUCCAGUUGAUGAACUAAAGAAAAAAUCAAUUUUUAAA